AGCGGAGCUGAAAUCUGUGCGCAACUGUGGAUAAAAAAAGCAAAAGAGAGCAAAGUGCGGGUCCGGAAAUAACAGGAAUACACACACACACGCCGGGUGUUUUCUCUUAAAUGGAUUACCAAAGGAAUAAUAGGACGUGCGUUUGGAUUGCCCGGUUCAUGAGUGAAAUUGGAUCCUCAAGGUAACAACUCCACCAGUGUGAAACAGGAAGUGUCGUCUGUGAGCAGCCAUGGGCCAGAGAGCUGUGCUUCUGCUCAGCGAGCUGCUGCUGCUGCUGACAGCCUCACGCACUCUCCUCGCCGUCAGCUUCCCCGAGGACAGCACCCCCCUCGAUGUCGUCGACGCACACUUUUCACGGAGGUACCCAGUGUUCAGAGGCCGGCCCUCUGGCAACGAGUCGCAGCAUCGCCUUGACUUCCAGCUGAUGACCAAGAUACAGGACACGCUGUUCAUCGCUGGCAGAGAUCAGGUGUACCUAGUCAGUCUGAGAGAAUCCUACAGGAAUGAGAUCAUUCCUUACCGGAAGCUAACGUGGCGAUCGGGCCAAGCUGACAGAGACAUGUGUGCCGUCAAGGGAAAACACAGAGACGAGUGCCACAACUUCAUAAAAGUGCUGGUGCCCAGAAACGACGACCUGGUGUUCAUCUGCGGCACCAACGGCUUCAACCCCAUGUGCAGAUACUACAGGCUGGAUAACCUCGAGUUAGAUGGAGAGGAGAUCUAUGGACUGGCACGCUGCCCGUUCGACUCCAGGCAAACCAACGUCGCUCUUUUCGCGGAAGGGAAGCUGUACUCUGCCACCGUGGCCGACUUCCAGGCCAGUGACGCUGUCAUCUAUCGCAGUAUGGGUGAUGGAUCGGCGUUGAGGACCAUCAAAUACGACUCCAAAUGGCUGAAAGAACCUCAUUUCCUGCACGCGGCCGAGUACGGGAAUUAUGUGUACUUUUUCUACCGGGAGAUCGCGGUGGAGCACAGCAAUCUGGGCAAGGUUGUGUACUCUCGCGUGGCCCGGAUCUGUAAGAAUGACGUGGGCGGGUCACAGCGAGUGCUAGAGAAGCACUGGACGUCCUUUGUGAAAGCGCGGCUGAACUGCUCCGUGCCGGGCGAGUCCUUCUUCUAUUUCGACGUGCUCCAGUCCGUCACUGACAUCGUGGACAUCAACGGGGUUCCCUCGGUGGUGGGUGUGUUCACCACGCAGAUGAACAGUAUCCCGGGGUCAGCAGUGUGUGCCUUCUCCAUGGCCGACAUCGAAAAAGUGUUCUGGGGUCGGUUCAAAGAGCAGAAGACUCCUGACUCGGUGUGGACUGCGUAUCCGGAGGAGAAGCUUCCCAAGCCGCGACCCGGGAGCUGUGCAGGUCACGGUCCAGCUGCGUCCUUUAAGAGCUCCAUCGAGUUCCCGGACGACACCCUGCAGUUCAUCAAGUCCCACCCCCUCAUGGACACAGCUGUGCCGUCCAUCGGGGACGAGCCGUGGUUCACCAAGACACGUGUCAGGUACAGGCUGACGUCGCUGGCUGUGGACAACGAAGCCGGGCCGCACAAGAACUACACGGUGGUGUUCAUCGGGGCGGAGUCGGGGGUCGUCCUCAAGGUUUUGGCCAAGACCACCUCCUUGUCCCUGAAUGACAGCCUGCUCCUGGAGGAGAUUGACGUUUUCAACCGGGCAAAGUGCCUGUCUAACCAUGAAGACGACAAGCGUGUCCUCUCGCUGCAUGUGGACAAAGACACACACAGCCUGUACGUGGCCUUUUCCAGCUGCGUCAUCCGCAUCCCCCUGAGUCGCUGUGAGAGACACACGUCCUGCCAAAAGUCCUGCAUUGCAUCGAGGGAUCCUUAUUGUGGCUGGAAAUCUCCCGGAGCUUGUGAGAGGAUUCUGCCCGGUGUUCUGACCGGAUAUGAGCAGGACGUUGACCUUGGGAACACUGCUCACCUGGGAGACUGUCACGCGUUUUUGGGCUCUACUUCAGCGCCAGAUUACAAAUCAUUUGGCGACCCUACCUCUGACAUGGAGUUUUCAUCUACGCCAGUCACUGUCCAGCCCAGUGUGCCCAUACACCCCCCACUACUCAUACCCACUCAGAGCCCCAGCUCUGGGCCUGGUCCAGAGCUCUACGGCUCAGGCUUUGUGCUGCAGGAUGACCCAGCAACCUCCCAUUCUUUAGACUCUAUCCCAGGGGGCCGAGAGGGUGUGUGGGAUAACCAAGCAGCUGAGACCAACCAGAUGGUCCACAUGAACAUCCUCAUCACCUGCGUGUUUGCGGCUUUUCUCAUGGGCGCUCUCCUAGCUGGUCUGAUAGUCUUCUGCUACCGAGACUCAUUCCUCCGUAAGCCGAGACACGUCCACAAGGACACAGAGUCGGCCCCCUCCUGCUCGGACUCCACUGGAAGCUUCAUCAAGCUCAACGGCCUCUUUGACAGUCCAGUAAAGGAAUACCAAACCAGCAUCGAGUCCCCCAAGCUCUACAGCAAUCUGCUGAGCAAUGGCAAAGACCUGAAUUCGCCCAACGGUGACACCAAGACCAUGAUCCUGCGGGAGAGUUGUCAGCCCCCGGAGCUUGCUGCCCUGCCGACGCCAGAGUCCACCCCAGUGCUUCACCAGAAAGGACUCCAGCCCAUCAACAACCAGUGGGAGAGGGCGCAGGGGAAGGCCAGUGGGCCGUGCAAGGAGUCCAACUCAUCAGCAGCAGCAGCAGCAAAGAGUCCUCAGUUCCUUCUCUCCUCUCCUGCUCCUCCCAACGCCAACCCCAACCCCCACCACCCUCACCUUGCCCUAGGACACUCCCACAUCCCGAGUGCAGUUGUUUUACCCAAUGCCACACAUGACCACCACCCGAACUUUGAAAGUGGAGAUGAUACACUCCCACAUUCCUCUGAAAAGAAACCGAAGAACCCAGAUUCCAGGGGAAGUAGGAAGGAGCAGAAGAGGUCGGUGGAUGCCAGAAAUACCCUUAAUGACCUUUUAAAACACCUGAAUGACUCUGUGGCCAACCCCAAGGCCAUUCUCCAAGAGGGAUCAGGGCCGCGCCCGAGACAGCAUCUCACACUGGAGCCCAUGGAGGAGCUGACUGAGUUACCCCCCAGGGUGCCCAGCCGCGAGGCCUCCCUGUACUCUCCCUCCUCCUCCCUGCCAAGGCACAGCCCCACUAAGAGGGUUGAUGUCCCCAUGCCCAGCACCCCCACCACACCAACAGGUAGCCUGAGCAUGGGGGGCACUCUGGAGCGGCAGAGAGGGGGGUACCAGCUCCACCGGAGUGCGUCUCACAGGCAGUCCUUAUCCACCUCACCAAACGGGGUAACCAUGGGAGUGUCUUUGUCUCGCCAACACAGUAUGAACAGAGGUGGUUAUAUGCCCCCGACACCCCCCUCCAGACUUGACUCUCAUAUGGGAAUGAUGGGGGCCGGACUGCACUCCCCCCACCCGUCCUCUAUGUCCCGACAGAGCAGCUACAGUGGGCAUGGCUCGCUCCCCCGCACAGGGCUGAAACGGACCCCAUCGCUAAAGCCAGACGUGCCCCCCAAACCCAACGGGUUUUCACCACAGAGUCCACAGAUGCGAGUUGUCAAUAAGUACAGUUAUUAAAAUAGCAUGAACACUUCUCAGUGAGCUGUUGGCCUUGACCGUAGAGCUUUGAGCCCUAAGGG